UUCACUUUCAACUUGUUGCACAGGUGUUUUCCCAUAGAGUUUCUCGUACGAACUUCACUUCCUUGGUCAUGAACUGCUGGCAGUGUUACGGUGUUUAAAGACGGACAAGAUGUGCAUCGUUUCGGGCAGCCUCUUCGCUAAGUUACUCGUGAUUAUACCUCUGCUGUGCUCAUUUCGUAAUGUAGGCAGCACCGAUGAUUCUUCUUACUACCCUGCGUUCUGCGAAAGGAGCACCACCUCUCUGCAAACGAACUGCUCGUUCAUGUUACGUCCACCUGGACCAUGCAUCAUACAUCACACAAACAGUUGCCUCACCUAUGACUACUCUGCUUGGAACCUGAAUGAAGAGCAUGUGGUCAGUUCAUUCGAAGACCUGGACUACAGCAUUUACCUGUCAACGUAUGUCAAUCAGGGGGAAAUUGCGUUAAACGUUUCCUUUCAGACCACAUCAAAAGAUGUGCGUGGCUUUGAGUUUUCAUUGCUUGACCACAAGUAUACUGGCAGUGGGAAGAAGUACAAGACUUGCCGCACGUUCGACUUGAGGAAUUACUUGAAUCCCUCGGCAAGUGUCUUCUACGACUGUUACAAAAAAAUCAGAGGGGAUUAUCUCAACAACUACUUCUUCGUUACAUCAAGGGGAUUACCUACAAAUCGUGUCGGAAGGUAUUUUGUCACACUGUCUACAUCACCUCUCAGACUUGGAGCAGAGAAUGUUAGCAAUUGGGAGAGCACUAUCAUGAUCCUGGAGCCAGCAUUACGAAAGAAGUGUGUGGCAGCUCAGUUUGGUCUCGCUGAUGCCAAGUUCAAUGUUACCAGAUACAACGUCAGCCUUGUGAGUUGGGAUUGGAAUUCACCAAAUGGUGGUGCUGUGGUUCAAGAGCAGAUCAUAGAAGCUGAGCCUGGCAACCUGACAAUGACCACUGUGUCCUUUACAAACGUGGAUGCUGGCACAUACUACCUGUGCGUGCACCCCGAGCACCCUAACUGGACUGAGCAGUCGGGCACGGUGUCCAGAACAGAUGUUUUUACAAUCCCUACAGAUACUGGGUCAAAGGUUGCCAUUACCAUUUCCCUGACAUUUGCGUUGGUCUUACUUGGUGCCGUUAUAACAGCGCUUGCCAUCUACAUCUGUUUUAAAAGGAGAGCGACGCAAGCAAGAAGGUCAGCGACAGUGUUCCUCCUUUACUCUUACGACUCAGCGACGCACUUCGAAGCAGUGCAGGCCCUGUACCAGUUCCUGUCAAGGGUUCCUGGCCUGCACGUGGUGUUCGAUGUGACUGAAGCCAACGAGAUGGGAGCGCCGCAUCAGUGGCUGCCUACGUGGCUGCGUAAGGCGGACUACAUUCUCCUCGUCGUGUCACAGGGUGUCUAUGAAAAGGUGGAAAAGCGCAUGAGGCCUGCACAUGAACAUCACCCGUGGGGAGAUCUCGUCACGUCUGCCAUCUAUGACAUCGUGCGACUACCCGACCUCCAGAAAAAACUGGUCAAGGUACUGAUGACCGGAACCCCCGAGACCUGCGUGCCGACGUCAGUGUUCACCCGAGGAGUGGUCUUCAAGCUUCCGAAGCACAUAAGUAAAAUGCUGCACCACAUAUUUGGUGAGCACCAGUGCCACACGAGGCUGCAGUGCAUGGCUCGGCACCCACUGUGGCCCGAUCCCGACUGUGAACAAACUCUCCGUAACAAGUUGGGGGAGCUCGAGCUCUCGAAAAGUGUCUGAGUUUGCUUUUAGUGUACUCGGUGGGCAAACGAACGUGUUACAAUGUGAUUGCACAGUGGCCAAGCCUGUUGAAAAACUCGCUUUUGAUCAGAACGAUCCAUGUGGACGUAAUCAAGAUCACAGGGAGCUUUUGUUGGCUCUUGAAUGACUGCAUAUUUAUACUUAUCGAGUACUGAUGCAGUCCAAUUCUUGGGUGUCUAUAGGUGAUAAAACCACGAAGCUCUUCUCUGUUUUUUUUUUUAAUGCAAUGUCAUUAUAAAACAAAGUCACUAGCACAUUCUGCCUGGGUCUGACAGUGGUAGUUUUAGUAAACUUUAACCCAACAAAGCUUAUUUUUAUAUUAUUUUUUGACAAUCUUGCCAUUAUAAAGUUCAUUAAUAGUAAUAAGAGAAAAGGUUUUUUACCAGUAUGAACUGUUUUCUUUUGUAUUGUCUCUUUAAAAAUAUGCAUUAUGCUCAUCUAGUCAAAACAGCUUGAUGAAUCUGUUCCAGUUUUGAGCUUUGCUUGAACAUUGAACUACAGCAGUGCAUUCAUGCUGAUUCUGUAUCAAUAAUUUUGAAAACUUAUUGCUUAGUUGGCUGUUUUCAACCUGCCAGUGUCAAAGAAGUCCUUUCUUAUAAGACAUGCUAAGGCAUCAUGAAGUGUAUCUGUGCUCAUGCAACAUUUCAUUGUGCAGUGUAUGAUGGUUUGAGACAUUGAAGAAACCAGUAAGGCGUGUGUCUCAACAUGUGUAAUAGUUCAAUGUUUCACGUGCAUUUUGUUGUGUACAUAGUAUUUUAAGUCUUGUUCCAAGUUGUGUUACCAUGUGCAAGCUUCUUCAUUGAAGCCUACCCUGUUAUCUUGUAUAGUCGUUUAUUACUUUGUGAGUGUCUUAUUCUUAAAUGUAGUUUUUACUCUGCGCCAUAAAGUCGCCUACCUAGCAAGAUGUAGGGCGUGAAAUGUUUUUAACCCUUUCAGAUGCCAUUUAUGAAGGACUGUCUGUAAAUGUGUCAAUCUGAUACGUUAUUUAAUGGAACUCACGGUGCCUUUGUGAAAAAAAUAAUGUCACAAUAUGUUAACUUAUGCGUGUUGCAGUAACUGCCGCGAAAUCCCAAGAAAGGCUCCCCCCCAUCCCCCCUCCUCGGUGAAAGAUAAUCUGACAAGAUUUGGAGAGAGGCCCUUGCUCGGUCAUGGAGAAAAAUUGGAAAUGGUGGAGGAAGAGCCGCUAAGAAAAAAAAAUGCACACUCGUUGUUCCAAUGAAGUGCUUCACUGAGUAUGUGCUAACAGGCUGACAGACAUCGAUGCUGUGAGACCCACAAACAAUACAUUUCGUCUGAAGCCAUUUAGUCAGCACGAACAAGAACAGGCGCACCAUCUCAUGCUUGGUGGGUCAUUGUUGUCUUGUGGCCGGAUUUUUCUCAUUCGCACUAGUGCACUACGAGUGCAAAUGUAUCCAUUGUUUUGAUUUAGUGAAUGAAAUAGUGAAAAUGGCGGGAGGAAAAGGAGG